GAUAUUGACCUCUCAGACCCUUACUCUAAGGAUGUUUUGUACAGGAAGAGUCGAUCAACGCGGCCUUCCGCAGCUGGGACCUAUGAAUGGUCGAUGUAUGAUCCAUACUCCAGUGCCCGCCUAGCUACAGUGACGGCACCUCACUCAUCAUCCAAAAAGAAGAUCAUAACCCUUCACGACCCUGACGUGCCAGUUGAAUUUAACUUCAUUGGAACCAUGUCCUUCAAGUGGUCUUUCCAGUUUGAAGACCAUGAGUUCGAAUGGAAGAAAGAUUCUUGCUAUGUCAUCCGCAAACCUGACCCUCCUGUCAUUGUUUGUACGACAAGAUCGGAGGCCAAGGAUAAGCCUGCGUCCGUUCAGAUCCUAGAUUAUAAUGUCAAGCGGUUCGAUAUCAAUGACCGGAAAGGGCUGGAGGUUUUACUUCUUUGUGGACUUCUUACAUUCACAGAUUAUGUCGAGGGCACCAAAGAAAUUGCAAGACAAGGGAACGUUGUGCCAACCGUGACUCCUACUCGUCCAGUUGUUGUUAGCCUGGCACAAGCCAAUAAGCCUCCGCCGGCUGCCGGGGACCUGCCGUCCAAACCUCCUCCAAGCCUACCCCCCAAGCCCGUGUACAACUUCACUCCUUACGAGAAGAACGAGGUCUUGGUUACCGAAGACGCCAAGAUAGAGGAAUACGCCCAGCACUGCUUGACUUUGCUUGCAGAUCCAGCCCUCCUUUAUGUGAUCAUCAAAUCCCACACAGCUGACCAAGUGUCGAAGGUGGUCCAAGUGGCCCAAGAGACCAAGCGACUUCAUCAUCGAGAAGUUGGCGACGAAGAGGAACUGCAUCAGUAUGUGAAGUAUGGCGAGGCAGAGGACACGAAGGGCAAAAAGCCCCAUCGCGUUAUUAACCUCGACGACGCUCCCGCUGCAAAGAAGGUUGAAUACAAACCACCUACGUCUCUUACGAUUCAUCUCAGCAAAAUUGAGCUUCCGGAUCUGAUACCGAAUAAACGUCAGCCUCCUACUUCGCCGCAGUCUCUCAACCCGGUUGACACACGCUUCGGUUUACCAUCACGAGCCAGGGCCGCUACACCGGAACCCCCAAAGUCAGAGACUCUGAAGCAACCAAACGACCGGAGACGUCGGAAUUCGUUCGGUCCCUCUCCAAAGCCGUCAAAGCCUCAGUCUCCGACCUCAUCCCAACCCCAGCGUCUAACUAAGACCAAUGGCAAUGGGAGAUAUACUGCAGGAAACCCGCAACCGCCCCGUCCCACCUCUAACGGACCAUCCCCAGUUUCAUCCCGUCCUCGCCCUACCCCGGGCAUUGACGCACCGUCGCUGGUCAUACCUGAGCCAAGAACCAAUAACACGCCAUCUACCCCUUCGGCAUCCCCCCGCCCCAGCAUGCCGUUAGGUUACCACGACCCAAAUCAUCAUAUGGGUUUACCCCUAAUGCCAGGGGGCUAUCCCGAAGCUUAUCCAGAAUCAGCUCCUGCCAAAUCUUCUAAGGCUAGUGUGAUGGAAAGACUGUUUGGGCGCUGACGCCCCGCAACCAAUCAACGCAUGUCUGGGCAAUCUAUAUACCCCAACGGUGGAUUGUUCUUGUUGGCCCUGGACAUCUGGCAUGCACAACAUUAUACCCCCAAAGGACUUUGACAUCUUGUUCGCAAAGCUGGGCAGUCUUGACGCCAUGCUUUUUUUUUUCUUCCACAACGACAUUAUGUAUUCUGUACAAAUCACCAUAUCGCUCCUCCAAUACAUACAGAUAAUGUCAAACGAAACCAAAACAAAAAAAUUGAGCAAAUAAAUAAUUCAUGCAGCGACCGUUGCAUUGGGAUCUCUAAAGACAUUGAGACUCCAAAUAUCACCAACCGAUUUAUCCUUGGGACCGUCAUCCUCCAGAUCCUCAUUAUUGUCAGGCAUAG